CGAUCCGUUAUCUCUCAUUCUUUCAUUGCAUUUAGCGCUGAAUAUAAUGUAAGGUAAUACAAUAAUAUGGUCGUGGAUUUCUUUCAGCGGUAUAUAUGUAAAACCAAAACGUGAUAUUUUAUAAAGUAGUAGGUGAAUAAGUUGGUGGAAUAUUUAUAUUUAACAAAAAAAAGAAAAAAAACUGUCACGAUUACAAGCGAAUUAAUUUUCUCUAUGGCUGCAAAAAUACCUGGGCUUGAUUUACCUCUCAGCGAAAACGACGGAGCGGGUAUAGAAUUCGGAAAUUUUCACAUUCUUCAUAAGGAUCUACAUGGACGCUGUCGGGAUAUCAACCACUUUGAAGAUUUCUCAAAAAUUAAGGAAGGAGAUUUUGGCACUUUUUAUAGCGCUCGUGACAAAGAAAAGAACAAGUGGGUUAUCAUGAAAUCUUAUAAUUUGGACAAGGAUCUAAAUUCUGACUCUUACACAAUGGUCACGACUGAAAUUAAUGUACUGCAGACUAUGGCACAUAGAAAUUUAGUAACGGUUUUGGAAGUUGUGUCAGGAGAAAGCUGUGAAAGCAUUUGGCUAGUUUUCGAAUUCUAUCAGCAUUCAUUAAUGGAUCUAUUAAAGUACCCAUCAUUUUUGGUACCACAUUUGGUUAAAAAGAUCAUGGAAGAAAUAUUACUUGGUUUGAAAUAUUUGCAUAGUGCUGAUUACUGCCAUGGAAACCUUAACCCGGACAACAUUUUAUUUGACAAUUCUGGAGUUUUGAAAAUAAGUGAUUACACUAAUCCAAGCAUUUACCACGAAACAACUCCGUUGGAUGACAGUGAUGAUAUUAUAGAUCCCAUUUUGAAUAUGACACUAGAAACUUGUGUAUUAAGGUAUAAACCUCUUGAUAUCUUAAUGGGAUGCAAAAAACAACACCCUGCUAUGGAUAUGUGGGCAGUUGGGUGCAUUUUUGCUGAAUUGUUGCUCAAAAAGCCAUUGUUUCCUCAUUCAAGUGUAAAAGAUCUCUGUGCAGACAUAAUUAAUUUACUUGGAUAUCCUAAUGAUUUACGUUUGCCUGGCUUUUCUGAAUUACUUCAACGAAAUAAUACUCAAGUCGUAGACUACCGUAGAGGUACAAAAUUGCAGAAGAGAUUCAUUGAACAAGGUACUACUUGUACGCAUUUACUUGCUGCUCUCCUUGUUUAUAACCCACGUGUUAGAUGUACCGCAGAAGAAUGUUUAGCGCAUCAAUAUUUCAGAGAAGAACCUACAGCUGGCUCCAAUGAAAAUGUGGCCCAUCUUCUUAAAGCUGUGCAGGAGAUGACACUGCAAAUAAAGUGAUGUUUUAUGUAACAGAAAACUUUUUAUAUCAAACCCAUUAAAUUUCAACCCUAAAUACAUAUGCAGGUAAUGGCAUACACAGAUAAUGAAGUAACCUUCCACUUUCAUAAUAUACUUCCUUUAUUAUCAGUGCAAAUUAUACUGUUUUUUUAAAAUGUUUUUCAAUGCUGUGAUAUUCAUCUUUUCUUAUUGUAUCACUUUCCUUGUGCGUAUUUGUAUGUAACAGUAGAGUUUCGCCUAUGUGAUAUUAUGUGAUAUUCACUGCUUGCAAAGACAGUGGAUAAGCUAAAAUCUGCUAAUAUUUAGUUAGAGACGGUCGAUUAAUUGUCAAACUACUUAACUUUUUGCACAGUUGGGAUUUAAUAAUCAUAUUUUAAACAAGAUGGGGCCAAAAAAAAAAACUGAAAUCUUUUGAUAAUUUAAAGAAGUUUUGAUUGUAGCUGCAGUUUUUGUUGCCAAUGGAUGUUUUAUAGUUAACCCUUUACCAGUGCAGCCUGACCCCUAUUUACAUGUAAAUUGCCUGCAUUGGGUUUAGCAAAUGCAGGCAAUGGGUUAAAUGAGACUUAACUGAAUUCAUGUGUUCAGCAUUUAUUAAAUGUUUUUACAUCUGUAAGAAAAUUACUGAUAUGUGUUUACAGAAAAACUUUUUUGUGUGCAAUUAUUUUAUACCAGAUUUACUGUACCAUUUGUGCAUUGAAGUAUAUAAAG